UCCGCCGCGGCCGUCGGGGGCGUACCGCGGCCGCUCCCCGCCUCCGGCCCCCCGCCGGGCGCCGGCUUUAAAUGCGGGGCAGCGCGGCAGCACCGGCGUUCCUGCUAUCCUCAGCACCGCGCUUGGAACACGUAGCCGGCCGCCAUGGUCGAGGCUUUCUGCGCCACCUGGAAGUUGGUAGACAGCCACAACUUCGACGAGUACAUGAAGGCACUGGGAGUGGGGUUUGCAACACGGCAGGUGGGGAAUGUGACUAAACCCACUGUGAUAAUCAGCACCGAAGGGGACAAAGUAGUGAUCAGAACUCAAAGCACUUUCAAAAACACAGAAAUCAGCUUUAAACUUGGAGAAGAAUUUGAUGAAACUACCCCCGAUGACAGGAACUGCAAAUCAGUUGUGACCCUGGAUGGAGAGAAGCUAGUGCACGUACAGAAAUGGGACGGCAAAGAGACAAACUUUGUGAGAGAAAUAAAGGAUGGCAAAAUGGUAAUGACUCUUACCUUUGGUGAUGUGGUUGCUGUUCGCCAUUAUGAAAAAGCAUAGAGCACACCUGACUUCUCUCCAGAUGUUACUUCAGCUGGAUGGAUUAAUGUCCUGUCCAUGAUUGAUUGUAGCUAAAAUGCACAUUUCUGGCAUGAAA